AUGAAUGGAACCGACAAUAGUCUAGCUGAUCUACACGAAUCCCUAGAUGAUAUCUAUCGUGGUUACGUCAUGUCCAAUGGGAGCAGCGGCAGCAUAUCCACCCUUGAGGACGAACCGCACACCAACAGCAACAGUCACAAGAAUCGACUUCCAGACGUUCACAUUUCAUCUCGACUUUCCAGUCUAGGGGUUGAUGAUGACGAUUACCGAAGAGCCAAGAGCGCACCUAUGACUCCCAAGUCAGGGGAGGACUCUUUUGAUUUCAACCCUCGGCAUAAUUUACAGCCCAAGGCUACCACCAAUUCCAGUUUGAAUGUGUUGAUAGACUCUAAUGAUGUUUAUGAUGACGAUUUCACUAGGAUGGUGGAUCGUCGAUUACAAGCAAAUAAGGCAAAACAUGGCGAUGUAUCAACUGUUGACGACGACGGUGACAACGUCAACGACGAAGCUGAUGGAAUACCCCUUAGUCCAGAAAUGGCCUUGCAAAAACAAAAGGAAGAUAAAGAAUGGCAAGAACGUGGCAGUGCAUCAAAACAAAUAACCACCGAGUCUGGUGAGGUGAAGCUUAUCCGACGCACCGUUAAGGAUUUCAAGUUUGGUAAAUUGAUUGGUGAAGGGUCGUAUUCAACUGUGGUGCUCGCGGUCGACAAGAACACUUCAAAACAGUAUGCGAUUAAGAUCUUGGAUAAACGUCACAUCAUCAAGGAGAAGAAGGUCAAAUAUGUCAAUAUUGAAAAACAUGCCUUGAACAGAUUGACCAACCGAAUGGGGAUCAUUUCACUUUACUUCACAUUUCAGGACGUCAAUUCGCUUUAUUUCGUGCUUGAUUAUGCAUCCAAUGGUGAGUUGCUAUCGUUGAUUAAAAAGUACAACACUUUGAAUGAAGAAUGUACUCGCCAUUUCGGGGCCCAGAUCCUUGAUGCGAUCCAAUAUAUGCAUGAUAAUGGAGUAAUCCAUCGUGAUAUUAAGCCCGAGAAUAUUUUGCUUGAUGACAAUAUGAGAAUCCGAAUUACUGAUUUUGGAACAGCCCGUUUAUUGGAGAAAAAGGAUGAUGACAGCGAGGAUUACCCUCUUGAUGUGCGUGCCAAAUCCUUUGUCGGCACGGCUGAAUAUGUUAGUCCAGAGUUGCUUGAAAACAAAUACUGUGGUAAACCAGGUGAUAUUUGGGCCUUUGGAUGUAUCAUAUAUCAGAUGAUUGCUGGUAAACCGCCGUUUAAAGCCACCAAUGAAUAUUUGACAUUUCAAAAGAUUACCAAGUUGCAAUAUGCAUUUAGUGCUGGGUUCCCUUCGGUUAUCAGAGAUUUAAUCAAGAAGAUUUUAGUGUUGCAGCCAUCUAAAAGAGCGACAAUAUCCGAGAUUAAAAAUCAUUACUUCUUCCGUCAAGUCAAUUUCAAUGAUUUUGAUCUGAUUUGGAAGGAUCCACCAGAAUUGGGCCCAUACAAGAUGAGUGCUGAGUCAAUGAUGAAAAUUCCAGAAAUCACCACCAGUUCAAUCACAGUUACUAAACCAAAGAAACCCAAGGUCAAGAAAACCACUGGAACUGCAAGCCCAGUAGAAAGACCACCUAAUCCAACUAGAUUGACUACUGAUUCAGUCAAUGCCGCCAGUGUAGCUGCAUUUGUACUUAACAAAUCACAACCCAAUGAUGAUACAACUGCGAAACCAAGUCCUUCACCUCAGGAAACCAAAAAGGCGUCCACACCAGAUUACAUUCCAGGAACCAACAUUCUUCGUCCUCAAGUACGUACAGCAUUCACCCGGGCUAGUAGUUCACGUCAACAGUCGUCGCAACUACCCACUCCAUCUACAUCAAGUACAUCUGUUACCAACAUUCCGAAAUCAAGUUCUUCUGCAAGUACUCGAGCAUCAAAGGUGUUGGAAGUCACCACACUUACACCACUUGACAUUGCUUGGCUCUCAUUUCUCAAUCAUAACGACGAGCGUGUGCUUCGGAUUGGUCCAGUUAUUGCACAUGUUGAAGCAACUGAUAGUUUUGAAAGACAUAAUAAGGGGUUACUCCAUGCCCUGCCAUUGAGUAUGGCGGCCUCCAAACCAAGAGGAAUGAGUUUAUUGUCACAAAUGGUGAAUGGAGAAUCGGCUAACAAUGGCAAUGGCGGUGCCAAUAGUCAGUAUCGAAAUGAAGGAGUUGCCAUUUUUGACCAUGCCAAGGGGUUAUCGCGUUCUGAUACCCGAAGCUCGACCCAGAGCAAGAAGUCGUCGCUUCUUAAAAGAUUUGGGUUUGGUAAAGAUAAGGAAACUACCGGAGGAGGGCUGGAUAAUGUGUUUUCCAGCACGAUGUUGGAAAAGCCACAGACAUGCACGAUGGUGAUCACUACCCAUGGCCGAUGCUUGAUUUGUCACCGACAAGAAGAAACUUCUGAGUAUGCGCUUAUUUAUGAGAUUAAGUUGAAGUAUCCAUUCAUUCAUUUUCAAGAGUUGGUGAAUAGAAGCAGCUCCAAUAAGUUUUCGCAAGCAUUGCCAACUACGGGGACGUUUGUGAUUAGUUCCUUGCAAACAUCGUUUAUAUUUGAAGUAGAAUCCCAAGAAUUGAAUCAAUGGACUGAAGCAUUGACGAAAGCGAAGUUGAAUGAGAUUGAAAGAGAGAAGGUGGAGUUUGAAGCAUUUAGGAAUAGUCCCUCGCAGGCAAACACUCCAGAACAACCGGAAUCUAGUAAUCCAUCGUCGAAACGAUCAUCCACGCAGAAACGGCCACAAUCACCGGUAGCAUCUCCUCCACCGCCUCCUCCUCCACCACUCCACCACUCGCAUUCACAGGCACAUAGGAAACCACCGCCAUCGAGCCCUCCACUUCCGAGCGAAUUAAAUAUGCAUACAGGUCUUCCUCGAAAUUCCACUGAUAGUGGCUGGUUACAGGCGGCACAAAUAGCGGUAUCUAACCAAGCGCCACAAUCGCAAGAGCAUAGAAGGACUAGUUUUAGUAAAGAUGAGGGUUCUGCGCGAGCCAAGGUCAUUAGAACUACCAGUGGUGGUGCGAGUGGUAAUGGUGGGCCUAAACCGGCUAUUACUUCGUUGAAUUCGAAGCUAUUGGCUAGAAGUAACCGUAAGAAAUAGAAUAAAAUAUAUAGCACACUCACGUAUAAUAGAGAACAUAUCUAUUUAC